GAAAGAGAGAGAGAGAGAGAGGAGGGCAGAUAACGGGUAGAUAAAUAAAAUAAGUGCGAAAAAAUCGGGUGUUAUGGGUCUAACCGAUACAAGUUUCGAGUUACUUUUGACUCUUUGGCGAUUCUCCAUUGUGGGAGUCAUUUGGAACACCGAAGGGCCACGCACCGAUCAUCCAGGCCUCUCCUCUUCCUUACAAUUCGUCGAUUUUCUCGUUCUUCUUCGCUAAUCGACCCUGAAAAAAAGAGAGAAAGAGAGGAAAAAUAGUUCUUCAAAAGAAAUAGUGAAUUUUGUCUCGAGGUGAAUUCUUAGCGCCAUGUCGUCGAGGGUGAUAAAGGACUCGAAGAUCGACGAUAACGUCGAACGUAGGGAGACCUGGUCUGGAAAAGUUGAUUUUCUUCUAUCAGUCAUCGGUUUCGCUGUUGAUCUUGCGAACGUUUGGAGAUUUCCAUAUCUCUGUUACAAAAAUGGUGGUGGUGCAUUUCUGGUCCCUUAUUGCAUCAUGUUGAUCGUUGGUGGUAUACCACUGUUUUACAUGGAACUUGCUUUGGGUCAGUUCAACAGAAAGGGGGCCAUAACGUGUUGGGGUCGUUUGGUACCACUUCUCAAAGGAAUCGGUUAUGCCGUUGUCCUAAUCGCUUUCUACGUUGACUUUUAUUACAACGUAAUAAUUGCAUGGGCACUUCGUUAUUUCUUCGCCUCAUUUUCUGGAAUGUUACCUUGGACAACGUGUAAUAAUCCAUGGAACACACCACUCUGUCGUGAGUUCGAUGUAAACGUCUCUUAUGUAUUUAAUGAGCAACCAUCCAACGACAUCAAUUUUGAUUCGGCUUACAACAUCACUGGAAUAUUUUCGGUCAAUGAUCCUUUCGAUGUUCUUGCACUUACCUCGAUGAAAAAUAAGUCUAAACACACCAGUGCUGCUCAAGAAUACUUCAAUCGCGCAAUUUUGGAGCUGCAUCAGAGUGCUGGAAUACAUGAUCUUGGGACUAUUAAAUGGGACAUUGCAUUAUGUUUAUUGGUUGUUUAUCUAAUAUGUUAUUUCUCUCUUUGGAAAGGUAUUUCUACGUCGGGCAAGGUGGUCUGGUUCACAGCUCUUUUCCCGUAUGCAGUAUUACUGAUUUUAUUAAUUCGUGGUGUUACAUUACCUGGUAGUGGCGAAGGCAUUCGUUAUUAUCUAAAUCCAAAUUUUUCUGCGAUAACUAAAGCUGAGGUCUGGGUUGACGCAGCUACUCAAGUGUUCUUCUCAUUGGGACCAGGAUUUGGCGUAUUGUUAGCAUACGCAAGUUAUAACAAAUAUCACAACAAUGUUUACAAGGACGCCUUACUAACGAGUGUGAUCAACAGUGCGACUUCCUUCAUAGCAGGAUUCGUAAUUUUUUCGGUAUUAGGAUACAUGGCACGUGCUAGUGGUAAAUCUAUUCAAGAUGUAGCUACCGAAGGACCUGGAUUGGUAUUUAUAGUUUAUCCAGCAGCUAUUGCAACGAUGCCAGGUUCAAUGUUUUGGGCAUUGAUAUUUUUCAUGAUGUUACUUACUUUAGGUUUAGACAGUUCGUUUGGUGGAUCAGAAGCAAUAAUAACAGCCCUUAGUGAUGAGUUCCCUGUUAUAGGCAACCAUCGUGAGAUAUUUGUUGCAUGUCUCUUCACUCUCUAUUUCGUCGUUGGACUUGCAUCUUGCUCACAGGGUGGCUUUUAUUUUUUCCAUCUACUCGAUCGAUACGCGGCAGGUUAUUCUAUGUUAUUCGCAGUUCUUGCGGAAGCAAUUGCGAUCAGUUGGAUAUAUGGUGCUGAUCGUUUUUGUGCUGACAUCAAAGACAUGAUCGGAUUUUCACCAGGUCUUUAUUGGCGAGUCUGUUGGAAAUUUGUAGCACCGAUUUUUAUCAUGUUCAUCAUCGUUUACGGUUUAAUGGGUUAUGAGCCAUUAACCUAUGAGGAUUACGUAUAUCCAUUAUGGGCAAAUGUAAUGGGUUGGUUAAUUGCUAGUUCCUCGAUAAUCAUGAUACCUGGUGUCGCAAUUUAUAAGAUAAUCGUCACUCCAGGCACGUUUGUUCAGAGAAUGAAAAUUUUAACGACACCAUGGAGAGACACUCAACAAAGGAACGCUGAUUUAUCAUCGGUAGCAAACGGUGCUGUUCGUCGAAGUUUUGUUGCCGAUCAAGAUUAUACUAACGCGAGCAAGGAUAACAAAGAAUUAACAAAAGAGCAAACUGAAGUGAUGAUUCAAUCAAGAGAAGGUGUUGAUGUCGAUCCUCCACCAGAACCGGUCUAGGACAGUACAAUCGUGGUUUUGAAUGGUUCUCGUUUUAGAGAAUAUCUUUGCUAAAAAAAGGACGAUUAUCUUUGAACAUGAUUUACUUUAAAAUUGAUCUAAUAUGACUUACAAUUAAACAGAAACAAAAGAAGAAAAAGAAGAUAAUAAAUUAAUGUUCUUUUUUUUCUUCUUUUAAACAAGCAAACAAACAAACAAACAAACAAAAUGGACGAGCGAUUUUGAACGCACUCACUUAGGCUUCACGAUACAAUGAUAUCUUCUUACUUGAGAUUGAAAAUAAAAAUUCAAGUAAAUAUAUAAUAUAUACGAAUUAAGUUAUAUAUACGAACGAUCUCAAAUUACAAGCGUCGAUUGUAAAUAUUAUUAUGAUGCCGCGCAUGUUGCAACGUAUAUAUACAUAUAUAUAUAUAUAUAUAUUAUAAUGUUAGAUUAAUUAUUAAAAGUAAAUUUUAAAUUAUCGUUCGACAAAUUUGGCAAAUUUUAUUGUACAACGUUGACGUUUGUGCAUAGCUUGAAAUUAUUCGAUUAUUCAUAUACAACAUAAUACACAACAUACAUAUAUACAUACAUACAUAAAUUCGUAGAUAUGUGUAAGAAAAAUGAUUGCACAAAAAAUAUCUCGCGAUUUCUGGCUACGAAAAAGUUCCUAAUCGCAUUAUAUAUAUACAUAUAUUGAUCGCGCGUUUUACUUUAAAUCGAAUUAAAAUUGAUUAUACUCAUCUAAAUAAAAAUUGUACUAGUAGAUAAUAUCGAUAUCUCGUCUAACGAGAUGAAUAUUUUUGUUGUUAUAUCUUCUUUCGUUUACGUUAGAUCAUCUCGUCUAUAGAUCGUAUUAGAUCUGGACGUAUAUGCUGUGUAGACUAUACGCGUAAAAUGAUACCUUCUUUCUUUCUCUCUCUCUCUCACUCUCUCUCUCUCUCUCUCUUUCUCUCGAUUAUAAUAAUUAUAUUAGAUAUAAUAAAAUAUACCACCGACGCACAACUUGAAAAAACGUCGGAUGGAAUUCGCACGGGUACGGUUCAUUAAAACGUUCCGCUCAGUCCUCGUUAAUAUUAAUUAAAGUAAUGUUAUAAUACGUGCAAUGAUAUAAGAAGCCUAAUUCUAUUUAGCCUAAUUCACUAUGAUGUGUAGGAAAUAAUUAUCUUUAAUCUAUUUUUAUUUUGAAAUAAUUGUAUAUUUUAUUAAAAUAAUUCAAAAUACUUUUUUUAUUUAAGAAAUUUGUUUGUUAAAUAUAUUUAAGUAUAUCUUAUACAAAUUCGUCGGGGGAGGGGAAUUUGUUUUAUUAAAAAUUUCAUAUAUGCACGAAGAAAGAUUAAAUUAA